UCAUGUGAAAAGCAGGGUCAAAAGGCUUGGAUAGAGAAGACCUUUUUAAAAAGAGAAUGCAUCUACAUAAUUGCCAACAACAAAGACAUUAGCAGGUGCUGCUGUGGCCAGCUCAUUAGUCAACAUAUUCCACCCCCUCCAAGUAUAACAGCUAACAAAAAUGGAGAGGAAACAAAGCAGUUGGAAACGCAUCCAGAAAAAUGGUCUGUCAGUAAGCACACCCAAACAUGCCCAACAGAUGCCUAUGGAAAUCUUGAAUUCCAGGGAGGUGGGCAUUCAAAUAAGGCCAUGUAUAUCCGUCUGUCAUACGACACCAAGCCAGAUUCGCUGCUUCAUCUCAUGGUGAAAGACUGGCAACUGGAACUCCCCAAACUUUUAAUCUCUGUCCAUGGGGGCCUUCAAAACUUUGAAUUACAACCUAAAUUGAAGCAAGUAUUUGGGAAAGGCCUGAUCAAGGCUGCUAUGACAACAGGGGCCUGGAUUUUCACUGGAGGAGUUAGUACUGGUGUAAUUCGCCAUGUUGGAGAUGCCUUGAAGGAUCAUUCUUCCAAGUCCAGAGGACGCAUAUGUGCCAUAGGAAUCGCACCAUGGGGUAUUGUAGAAAACAAGGAGGAUCUGCUUGGGAAAGAUGUGACAAGAGUUUACCAGACAAUGUCAAACCCUCUCAGUAAGCUCUCUGUCCUCAACAGUUCUCACACACACUUCAUCCUAGCAGACAAUGGCACACUGGGCAAAUAUGGAGCUGAAGUUAAAUUGCGACGUCAAUUGGAGAAACACAUCUCCCUUCAGAAAAUUAACACACGACUGGGACAAGGUGUGCCUGUAGUUGGGCUCAUAGUUGAAGGAGGUCCCAAUGUGAUCUCAAUUGUGUUGGAAUGUCUGCGAGAAGAGCCCCCUCUCCCCGUGGUGAUCUGUGAUGGCAGCGGACGAGCAUCUGACAUUCUGUCCUUUGCGCACAAAUACUCAGAAGAAGGGGGGGUAAUAAGUGAAUCUUUGAGAGACCAGCUUCUAGUCACCAUUCAGAAAACCUUUAACUACAGCAGGAACCAGGCCCAUCAGCUGUUUGUCAUUCUCAUGGAAUGUAUGAAGAAAAAGGAACUUAUCACUGUGUUCCGUAUGGGCUCUGAGGGACAGCAGGACAUUGAGAUGUCUAUCUUAACUGCUCUGCUAAAAGGCACCAAUGCAUCUGCACCAGAUCAGCUGAGCUUGGCAUUGGCCUGGAAUCGCGUAGACAUUGCACGUAGCCAAAUCUUUGUCUUUGGACAUCACUGGCCGCCUUUAGGAAGCCUGGCAGCUACAGAUGGCACAGCACUAGAGAAGGAGAAGAAAUCCCCAGGAGCUCAAACUAAAGCACCCAGAGGGAAAGGAAAAGGGAAGAAAAAGGGAGGAAAAGCAAAAGAGGAGCCAGAAGAAGAAAUGGAUCCACGGAAGAUUGAACUACUGAAUUGGGUCAAUUCUCUGGAGCAGGCUAUGCUGGAUGCACUAGUAUUGGAUCGAGUUGAUUUUGUGAAACUCCUGAUUGAAAAUGGAGUGAACAUGCAAUGCUUUCUUACUAUUCCUCGACUAGAAGAGCUUUAUAAUACUAGGCUGGGUCCACCAAACACACUGCAUUUGCUAGUCAGAGAAGUGAAAAAGGGAAAUCUUCCACCAGAUUAUCAUAUCAGUCUGAUAGAUAUCGGUCUUGUACUUGAAUACCUCAUGGGUGGAGCUUACCGCUGCCACUACACUCGAAAAAGUUUCCGGACCCUUUACAAUAAUUUAUUUGGACCAAAGAGGCCAAAAGCUCUUAAACUUUUAGGAAUGGAGGAUGAUGAACCUCCAUCCAAAGGGAAGAAGAAAAAGAAGAAAAAGGAGGAAGAGAUAGAUAUUGAUGUGGAUGACCCAGAAGUCAGCCGCUUUCAGUACCCUUUCCAUGAGCUAAUGAUAUGGGCAGUGCUGAUGAAACGGCAAAAGAUGGCACUCUUCCUUUGGCAGCGAGGAGAGGAAACCAUGGCCAAGGCAUUGGUUGCAUGCAAACUGUACAAAUCCAUGGCCCAUGAGUCUUCAGAGAGUGAGCUGGUGGAUGAUAUCUCUCAAGAUCUGGACAAUAACUCCAAAGACUUUGGCCAACUGGCAGUUGAGUUGUUAGAUCAGUCCUACAAACAUGAUGAACAAAUUGCCAUGAAAUUACUGACCUAUGAACUGAAAAACUGGAGUAACUCUACCUGUCUAAAACUUGCUGUAGCAGCUAAGCACAGGGACUUUAUUGCUCAUACUUGCAGCCAGAUGCUGUUAACAGAUAUGUGGAUGGGGCGGCUACGCAUGCGGAAAAACCCAGGCCUUAAGGUGAUAAUGGGAAUUCUCUUCCCACCCACCAUCCUGUUUCUAGAGUUUCGCAGCUAUGAUGACUUUUCUUAUCAGACAUCAAGAGAAAAUGAAGACAACAAAGAAAAGGAGGAGGAGAAUGUGGAUGCAAAUGCUGACACAGGCUCCCGAAAGGGAGAUGAAGAGAAUGGAAGCAAAAAGCAAAAAAGCCUUCCAAUUGGAAAAAAGAUCUAUGAAUUCUAUAAUGCACCUAUUGUUAAGUUCUGGUUUUACACGAUCUCAUACCUGGGUUACUUAAUGCUUUUCAAUUAUAUAAUCUUGGUUCGGAUGGAGCGCUGGCCUUCACUCCAGGAAUGGAUUGUCAUCUCCUAUAUUGUCACUUUGGCUUUGGAGAAGAUAAGAGAGAUUUUGAUGUCAGAGCCAGGCAAGCUGAGCCAGAAAGUGAAAGUCUGGCUUCAGGAAUACUGGAAUAUCACUGAUCUGGUGGCUAUUUUAGUAUUUAUAAUUGGAGCAAUUCUUCGCCUACAGAAUCAGCCUUACAUGGGUUAUGGACGAGUGAUUUACUGCGUGGAUAUCAUUUUUUGGUACAUUAGAGUACUGGAUAUCUUUGGUGUGAACAAGUAUCUGGGACCCUAUGUCAUGAUGAUUGGAAAGAUGAUGAUUGACAUGCUAUAUUUUGUGGUCAUCAUGCUUGUGGUUCUCAUGAGCUUUGGAGUCGCCCGCCAAGCUAUCUUGCACCCAGAUGAAGAGCCCUCUUGGAGACUAGCCCGCAAUAUCUUCUAUAUGCCCUACUGGAUGAUCUAUGGAGAGGUGUUUGCAGACCAGAUAGACCUCUAUGCCAUGGAAAUUAAUCCUCCUUGUGGAGAUAAUCUUUAUGACGAGGAUGGUAAACGCCUCCCUCCCUGCAUACCUGGGGCCUGGCUCACUCCUGCUAUCAUGGCUUGUUACCUCUUGGUAGCAAACAUUCUGCUGGUAAAUCUACUGAUCGCUGUCUUCAACAAUACCUUUUUUGAAGUGAAAUCCAUAUCCAACCAAGUUUGGAAGUUCCAGCGAUAUCAGCUGAUCAUGACGUUCCAUGACAGGCCUGUCCUCCCUCCACCAAUGAUCAUCCUCAGCCAUCUCUACAUAAUCCUCAAACGCAUCUGCUGUCGCUGUAAGAAGAAAAGGGAAGGGGAUCAGGAUGAGCGCGACCGGGGAUUGAAAUUGUUUCUGAAUGAUGAAGAGCUGAAGAAGCUGUAUGAAUUUGAGGAGCAGUGUGUAGAGGAAUACUUUCAGGAAAAGGAGGAUGAACAACAAUCAUCAAAUGAUGAACGUAUCAGAGUUACAUCUGAAAGAGUUGAAAAUAUGUCUAUGAGGUUAGAAGAAGUAAAUGAAAGAGAGCAUUUUAUGAAAGCUUCUCUUCAGACAGUUGACCUUCGACUUUCUCAACUGGAAGAGCUCUCUGGUCGGAUGGUGAAUGCUCUUGAAAAGCUGGCAGGUAUUGACAAAUCUGAACUGGUGCACACACGCUCACGGGCUUCCUCGGAAUGUGAUACUGCCUAUCUCCUAAGGCAAAGCAGUGUCAACAGUUCUGAUGGCUACAGCAUGUACCGAUAUCAUGUUGGUGGCGAUGAGUUAAUAUGUGAUGACAGUACUGCCCCCAUGUCACCAGCCUUGGGAUUACGCAAAAAGGCAUAUUCUAUUGGUACAAAAGAAGAGAAAAAUGGAGUGGACUCAAAGAUGCAACUGGUUCCAGGACACCAUAGUAGUCUCCGCUAUGCCUCCAGUGCUAAUGCAGUUUCCACUACAGAUAAUGGUAAAGCUACAUUAGAAAUUGCAAAGAAUGUUACUAGACCCCGUUCUGGUUCAGCUGGUUUUGCUUAUGUGAAGCAAGGGAUUUUCAAGAGUGAUGAAACAAUUCCUCAACAUAUUAACCAGUCAAAUAUUGUUAUGAAUGGGCAAUCAGUACCAAAACCAAAUUUUCAGAACACUCAGUUAACUGUAGAAAGAACCAAAUUAGAAGCUACUAUCUCUUAUCCCUUGGAGAAAUCUAAGGAAAUGCACUAUUACACUCCUGAAACUUUCAGUGCUUAUCAAACAACCAUGAUGAAGUCUAGGAGUUUUAUAUUUGCCCAUGGAGGAAAAUUGGUUGGAGGGGUUAACAACUGGACUACAGAAUAUAGUACCAUAUUGGAUCAAGUGGGCCCUUCUGCAGUUGAACAGUGGGCUAGUGAAUGGAAAUAUGAGGUUGAACAGGAACUCUCUCAGGAGCGUCCCCCAGAAUAUCCUGGUUUUGUGUGUGAAGCGGAAAGGCAGGCAGAACAAAAACCGGUACUGACAGAUACGGAAGAUGACAGCGAUGUUGGUGAAACAGGUGUCAGUGCCUCUUACUCUUCCACACCUGUUACCAACAAGGCUGAGACAGAAAAUUUAUUGUCUGUGAAACCAGACAGAACUUGUGGAUUCCCAUCUGUACGGUCAAAGAGUUUACACAGCCAUUCACAGAAAGGCAAGUCCAUGAAGGACAAAUUAAAUAGACCAGGACAUGCCAGCAGUGUAUCAAGCCUAGUGGUUGCCUGUGGCGGUGAAGAACAAAAUGCUAAGCAAGAGAGUGCUUCCACUGAAACAGAGUGCUAAAAUGGCUGUCAGCCCACGUGGCAGCAAUAAUCAUGAAUCUGACUGGGUUAAUGUAACACAUUUACCACUAAAUAUAACUUUUUUAAGUGAAUUUCUACAAAAGAAUUGUGCAUUUACUGAUUUGCUAUAUUGUUUAUGCGGUAGAAAUAAUAAUGCCCUGUUCUUUGUGGAUUGAGUGAAGGGGAGACAUUCCUUCUAGGGGUGGAUGUAAGGUUAGGUAGGAUUCACAGAUGGUAAGUGCCCAGGGCUUUCUGAGCCUUGCUGUCCCUCUAACUGCAAUUCAUGUUACUGGAUCUUUGUUAGAGAUGGAUGACAAAUGGGAAAUAUUUUCAUUACAAAGUUUGCGUGCGCAGACCCACACACGCACUCUCUUUCUCUUGUCCACUGGGAACUUCUGACCAGCUGUGGUCUUUAUUUUCACACAUGCAACACAUACAUGUUCUUAUGGACAAGUGUUCUUUAGACCAAAAGGAGUAGAAAUGCAAAGGAACGUUUGGUAAUCCCAGUCCUUCACUUCUGAUUUAUGGGAUAGUGAUUGGUGAUACAACUAAGGAAUGCACAAGCUCAAGUGACUUUUGGUCAACAAAAUGGCUAUGAAUGGAAAAAUACAGGUUCCUCCAAACACAGAAGUAUUUGCAAGUCAUUGAUUUGAUUUGGUAGCAAAAUACGUGAUCUCUCUUAGAACACAAGCAAUAACAUUUUGUUUUCUGUUACUUCUCUCUUAGUAUAUAGGCAUAUGUACAGUUAAUGUUAUACUUGUCAAACACAGCUGAUGGGCUUAAGCUGUGACCUUAUAUUUAAACUACUGCCUUCAAGAGGUUGGCUUACAAGGAAAAUAUAACUUGUCUCACUCUAUCUCCACCAUGCAGCUGGUCCAAUAAAAGAUCACCCAAAGAAUCCUUGCCUCAAUGAAAAUACAAAUAUUGUAAAUGGCAAUGAUAAUUUUUCCAAAAUAUUAAUGAGGGAUAAAAAUAGAAAAUAACCCAAGACUUGCAUUAGUGGCUUGCAUAAUCACAGACUGUAAUAGGGCUGCACAUAAAUAAAGUUUAUUUAAGUAAAUGUGAAGGAAAACGGAUGACAAAUAUAGAGAAUAUAACUGAAAAAUGUAGACACCUUUGCAUUCAAAACUGAUACAACAAAUCGUUCUUCCUUUGGGAAUUUCAAUGUAAUGUCACUCUGGGGACAGAAGCAAGUAUACACCAUACUACCUGAAGCUGGUUUUAUGUAAUUCCAGACCAGGACAUAUUUAUUUUAUUUUAUUUUACUCUUUAUAUGAAAAGACAACCUAAAUGGCUUCAGCAGGCUUAUUACAUGCAAACAAUGGAAGUCCAACCUGACUCAUUCAAAUAGUCCUACUAUAAGACAAUCAGAAUGAUUUCCCUAAUCUAUAAGACUUAAACUCUAUGCAAUAAGAGCAGACACUAAAUACUGUUGAGUCAAUGGCAAGACAGCCAAUGCUAACUGCCAAGAGAAAAAAGACUUGUGGUAUAGGUUCUGCCACUUUCAUGAAUAUAGCUCUGAAUCUCAUGGUUUACAGACACUAUUUCUCACUCUCAUGACUUUCAAAUGUGAAUUGUUAUACAGAGAUGUUAUGAACAGCAAUACUAAAAUGCAUUUGCAAUAUGUUAGUAAAUGUAUACUUUGAUUGCCUGGGUCUUACAUCUAUUUUCCAGGAUUGCUUUUGUAAAAGAGUCUUCUCUAAAAUACUGGUAUGUCUUUUCUUACUGUAGGGCAAAUGUACCAUUUAAAAGCUAAAAAGAAAAUAUGGUUUACACACAACUGGUACCACAAUUGGUAAUCAGGAUUUAUACAUUUGUAAUUUUACAAGUAUAUAGUUAAAUAUAUAUAUUCUUUCAUAAUCACUUUUACAGAACUGUAGGCUCUAAUGUGUAUACAGUGAAAACUCGGUUACAAUAUUUAAGAGGGUUUUUGGCAGAAUCGAGUUAGCUAUCAAUGGCUUCAAACUUCUGGCAUCUGUAUAAAAUCUCUCCAUUUAUAGCCUGUACCUAUAUUCUGCAGUGCUGGUAAAUGUGAAUGCAAUGGACAUUUUUGAAAGUUUAUUCUUCUUUACAUUUUUUCACCAGCCUGAUGUUAUUCACAGGCUUAUCAAUUCUAUUAUUAUUAGAAAAUAGGUUGUUUUUUCUUUCUUGAGGGCUCUUUUUAUUCAAAUUUGCAGAAUUUGAAAUUUGCUUUUGUAAAGCUGAAUGACAUUGGAGAUUGUUUCACUUUAAGAUUUAAAUCUGUAUGAGUUUUAUGCAAUUACAGUCAUUUUGUACGUAUAGUUAAAAUGUGUUAUUUGCAAUUGCCUUCUUGCUUGCCUAUACGUUCUCACUAGAAACUAAUGUAUCAGAAAACCCAAAAGGAUAUAAAGGUUUUCAGUUUUUUUGCUAAAUAAGCACUGUUCAUUUUGAUAUGUUGCGUACAUGUGCUUGUAACAUCUUUAUAAAUUGUUUAACGUUAUUGUUUUGUUUGCCCAGUCAUUUUCAUGACUCUGAAAAACUAUUUUAGCUUGCAUUUAAUGAUUUUCUCUGUGUAAAACGGUCAGUUUUGGCUAUGCAUGAAAUGGUCAAUUGAAUUAUUUUAUAUAGGAAUAAUAUCAAAAAAGUAUGAAAUGCUAAACUUAAAAUAACAAAUCUGUCAUGCUGGAGAAACCAAAAAUUCCACAACCUGUCUGUUCCAUCUUAUAGGAUGUAUGAAGUACUUUCUAAAGUAAAAACUGAUUUAAUGAUUGCCAGUAAUUUUGAUAUAGGCAAUUCAACAUACUUCAAUCUUGCACCCACCUGUAGAGAGAAUUCUUCUGAAGUCAGUGUAGUGACUCCAUGUUUAAUGAGAUAAGCCUUAUACUUUGUUAACACUAUGCAGUAGCAUAAUAAACCCCAUAUUCUCUGCUGCACACCUCAGUAGGAUUUGUAGGAUCUAAAGUUAAACCUGCUUAAAGCUCAGGUAGACACCUUCCUAGCUUUACUGCUAAAAUGGGUUCCAUGGGAGUGGGAAAAGAUGCAAAUAUGUGCCUGCACAUUAAAAAAAAGUUUAAGGUGUCUUUUCCAUGCAUAGCAAAUAGUGCUAGGGUGAUGUCUGGGUUGAUUUGCUCAUGAACACAUCUCUCUACCUUAAAAAAAAAAAAAAAAGGGAGGGGGGUGCAAAACAAUAUCUACAUUAACAGUGAUGCUCUGAAAGUAUCUCUGUAUAAUCAGGAUCAGUUUCUUGCAUCUCUAGGGUUUUAGGUAAUUUUUUCUUGAUUUGUAAGGAGCAAGAUGCCAUUUUAGCUGUCAGCUCUGUAAACUUAUCCUAGAAACUGUGCAUUAUGUUUGUUCCUGGAUAUAUUAUUUUAACUUCAUCAGUAACCUAACUGAACUAAAUGGAUCUAUAAUACCCAGUCCAGAAUUCUUGCCCACCGCAAAUGUUAAAAAACCACAAGCGUCACAUCCCCAAAAAUGACAGUUUAAAAAAAAAGUUAACUUCUUUUUGUUUCAUUUUGGGUUAAUGUUUUGGAGCCAUUCACCACAAGUAUAAGCACUGUAAACCCCCUUUUUUUUAAAAUGAAAGUUGAAACUUUAAAUCACGUGAUUCCGUGAGCUUUAAGAGAUUUGUAAUAAAAUUAUGAUACAGAAUAUGCA